AGAAAGUUCGGGUUAAAGGUGUCCUUACCAGAGCAUGCCGCGGAAAAGGGAAAAUACAUUAUAUAAAUCCCUGUAGAGCCUUACUGCGGUUAUAUUGAGAGAGAAGGCGAGAAGUCAUUUCUAUUUGCACAGACAAAACGUUUCCUGAAGUGUAGCAAGACACUAGAAGAGCACAGAAACUCCUGAAAGCUUUUACCGACACAAAGUCUAAAUCUCUGACAAAGUUAUCGCCGAUCGAUAUGAAGACGCAUCUCCUAUCACAUCUCGUUGUGCUGUGGUGCGUUACCCUCUGUGCUCUGGCAUCAGAAAAGGAAAUUCAAGACCAGGAACUAGGGACCAAGGACGAGCGGGACUAUCAGUUGGAAAAGCGUGCAAGCGAUGAUCUCGAAAAACGUCUAAAAAAACUGGAGGAAAAAAUCGAUGCUCUUUUUAAAGGAGGGGUAACUGUCCCGUGGCUUAGAGGCAGGGAUGGACGCGAUGGAAAGCCAGGCAAGGAUGGACGCGAUGGAAAGCCAGGUAGAGAUGGAAAGGACGGUAAACCAGGAGUGAACGGCCCUAAAGGAGCGCCCGGUGCUCAGGGAGGGACUGGUGCGAGGGGUCCCCCCGGUCCCAGGGGGUCCUCUGGUGUACAGUACGUGCGAUGGGGGAAGACCUCGUGCCCACGCUCUGCGCGGCUUGUCUACAAAGGCCGUGUUGGCGGGGAGCACUUUACCCACUCUGGCGGUGCGGCGCAGUACGUGUGUCUCCGCGAGAAACCCCAGUACAUAAACUACACCCCAGGACAUCAGGCCAGCGGCUACAUGUACGGCGCCGAGUAUGAAGUCAGUGACCGCAGUCCCUUCACACGUGGAAAAGCCCUACAUGACCACGAUGUCCCGUGCGCCGUGUGUUACGUCCCGUCCCGCAGCACCCAGCUCAUGAUACCCGCAGUCGCCCGCUGUCCCGCGGGGUGGUCCCGCGAGUACUAUGGCUACCUGAUGACGUCGUAUUACGGUCACAAGCACUCAAGUCAGUUCGUGUGCGUGGAUCACGAUGCCGAAUAUAUCCCGGGUAGUGGCGCUAAUCUUAACGGAGCACUGCUGUACCCCGUGGAAGGGGUGUGUGGGUCACUACCGUGUCCCCCGUAUGUAGCAGGGCGUGAGCUGACAUGCGUAGUCUGCACCAAGUGAUUGUUGUAACUCUUUUAUGACUGACGGAAUAAUAGUAAAAUAACUGUAACUUGUUGGGUAAACAAACUGUUCUUCUCGUUCCACAUCUGUUGUAUGACUGAUUGAAUGAUAAAUAAAGGAAAAAAGAUGAAGCGCU